AUGAGGGCUUUGUCACUUUUUGUUGCUGUGGCGCUCGAUGUAUUGCUUGCAAGUGCUGAUGAUAUCAAGCGUGCUAAGGUUCAUGCUCGAGAUGUAUGCAUUGACUGCCACACAAAUGUAUCCUCUCCAGGCGGUGGUGGUGCUCGUGGGAUCUGGUGGACUGACAAAUGCACCAAGUUGGCCGCCGUGACAGCUAUGCCAUUGCAAUGUGCAGACCUGGAUGUGCCUCUCGACUACACUCAGCCAGGAUUGGAGAACUUGACUCUGACACUGGUCAAAGUUGCCGCGGUCAACCGGCCCGUGAAAGGAAGUAUCAUUUUCAAUCCCGGGGGUCCAGGAGGAAGUGGUAUUCAAACCGUGAUCGCAAAUGCGCGUUCAUGGCUAACUUUGACUGGUGGUCACUACAACCUUCUCGGUUUUGAUCCAAGAGGUGUAAACAAUACCUUGCCUUACUCGUGUAACAUGCCAGGAGGCGCAUGCAAGACUUUGAGCCCAGCAUCACCACUGGCCAAUGCCUCUGAUGUGGCAAUUGGACAAAGAUUUGCGGCUUCGAACAUAAGAUCUUCACGUUGCCUCAACAGGACCGGAGAUGUCGGACGUCUGCUCGGAACGGCCUUUGUUGUUCGCGAUAUGGUCCAGAUCAUUGAUGCUCUCAACGAAGAUGGCCUGCUUCGAUACUAUGGUUACUCAUGGGGGACUUUACUGGGAGCAACCUUCGCCGCCAUGUACCCUGAAAGAGUAGAUAAAAUGGUGCUUGACGGUAACGUCAAUGUGCACGAGUACUAUUCAGGCUGGGAAAUCCAAAGCCCGAUCAACAUGGACGACACUUACGAUGCCAUCUUCUCAGGUUGUGUGGCGACUCCGACCGUCUGUCCGCUGGCCGAGUUAUACUCGACUGCCAAGCAGAUGCAAUCAGUUGUUGAUGACUUCCUUGUAGCGCUCAAGUACAAUCCGGUUCCCUAUAUUUCUAGUCAAGGCCUUCAGACGGCCACGUACGGCAAGGUCAAGACAGCCAUCGUUUUGGCACUAUACAGUCCCUCCAACUGGCCUCAACUGGCGCAGGGGUUCAUAGAGAUGCUCUCUUGGAACUUCACCGGCUUCUUCGAUGUCGCUUCAUCCUGGUACGCCGGCCCAGAUGAUGGAGACGAUGAUCUCAGUGCCGCAAUAACUUGCGGGGAGCAGGCGUUUCGUGCAGACAGUGUUCAAGACCUUAAACCACUCCUCGACGCGAUAACUGCGUCGAGCAGAUUCGGUGGUCUGGACUUCGGUACCGAUAAUGCGUUUGCCUGUUCGACUUGGAGACAGGAAGCGAAAGAGGUUUACUCGGGCGACUUUCGGGUCAAGACUCAUUUUCCGGUGUUGUUCAUCGGGAACACGUACGAUCCUGUGACACCAUUGGCAUCGGCUCUGAACACCAGUGCGGGAUUCGAAGAAAGUGUCGUACUUCAACACAACGGAUACGGGCACACUUCAAUUGCACAGCCUUCGUUAUGUACAGCAAAGGUCAUUCGUGCUUACUUUAACGACAGUAAUCUCCCUCCACCUGGCGAAAUCUGUCAGCCAGAGCUUCCAUUGUACUCUGAAAACAUCGGAAUAGGUGAUUGGACCGGCUUGAGCAAUCGGACUACGGCCGGAGCAGCUGUAAUUCAGUCGAAUGUGGAUGAUGGUCUCACACUUUUGACAGCAGUGUCAGAAAUCGCGGCUGCAACCUCGCCGCGGUAUAGGAAACACGGCCUCAGACUCCCCUAA